UUUCGGACGGAACGGACCUACACUGUACGGCGACUCUUGGCAGGACUAGACGUAGUAUCAUUUGUGCUGCAGGGUGUUUCAACAGAGAGAUGCUGUUACGGAGAUAUUCUCAUGGCCUUUACAGAUUCGGUGCCAGGGGCUUCAGCACUUCGAUUCGAAGGCAGACCAAGCACUAUCAAUUCGUUGUGGCUGGUGGUGGUUCUGGGGGACUGUCGAUUGGAUCCACUCUCUGCCGGAAAUUUCCUAAAUCUACGGCCAUUAUUGAACCAUCUGAGAAUCACUAUUAUCAGCCCCUAUGGACCUUAGUUGGAGGUGGAAUCAACCGUCUUGAAGAAUCUGUGCGGCCAACUGGCAGUCUUAUUCCAGGAGGCUGCACCUGGUAUAAAACCAGUAUUGCAGAAUUCAAUCCUGAGAAAAAUCUUGUUCUGACAGCCAAUGGAGAUGAGAUCAAGUAUGACUUUCUAAUUGUUGCAGUUGGACUUCAGCUUAGAUUUGACAUGGUUCAUGGCCUAAAAGAAGCAUUAGGGACCCCUGGUGUUGGCUGUAAUUACUCCCACCUGACAGUGAAUGACACAUGGAAGGCUAUACAAAACUUUCAGGGAGGGAAUGCCAUAUUCACUGUCCCUAAUACACCUAUAAAGUGCCUAGGUGCCCCUCAAAAGAUCAUGUACUUGGCAGAAGAUUACUUUAGACAGAACAACGUUCGUAACAAAGCAAAUAUAAUGUUUAACACUUCACUGGAUAAAAUAUUUGGUGUGAAGAAAUACGCUGAUGCCUUAUCAAAAAUUGUGAAUGAAAGAGAGAUCAAAUUGAACUUCAAGAGAAAUUUGUUUGCCAUCAAACCAGACAGCAAGGAAGCAGUCUUUGAAGUGCUGGAUGAUUCAAAGUUGGAGAAAAAGCUACUAGAAACUUACCAGUAUGACAUGAUUCAUGUGACGCCUCCUAUGGGACCACCAGAUUGCCUGCUUGGAAGUCCUAUCUCAGAUCAAAAUGGUUUUGUGGAUGUUGAGAAGACCACCAUGAGACAUAAAAAGUAUCCCAACAUAUUUGCCAUUGGUGACUGUUCCAACUCGCCUAAUGGAAAAACAGCUGCUGCUGUAGCCGGUCAGACUGGUGUAAUCAAGGCAAACCUGUUUGCACUGAUAGAUGGUCGACCCAUGCCAGCUCAGUAUGAUGGGUACACUUCGUGCCCUCUUGUCACUGGUUAUGGUAAACUUAUCCUUGCUGAAUUUGACUACAAUGGCAAUCCCCUGGAAACGUUUCCUUUCGAUCAAGGAAAGGAACGUUACACAAUGUACUACAUGAAAAAAGAUAUUCUCCCUGAGGUCUACUGGAAUGGAUUGGUCAGGGGCCUUUGGCCAGGUGUUUCGCCGCUGAGAAGGACCCUUCAUUUGGGGCUUAAGAAGUAGUGCUUUCCUUGCACUCCAUGCAAUGACACCUUAGUUAGUGUUUCAAUAUUGAAACAACCUCUUUCCUCGUGCCAUCAUUAAAGUCUUGCAAAUGCAAAUAAGUGAAACUAGUUUAAGUUGCUUGAGUCAAAAGUACAGUGAAAACUUAUGAGUGGAAGAUGGUAGGCGAGUUGUCAUUUCAAAUUGAACGUAAUCAAAAAAGUAAUAUAAGUAUAAAACUGUGAGCACUGAAAUUUUAUAUAUGAAAAGUAAUCUUUAUGAGAAAUCUUGUUAAAUCUUUACCAUCCAUCAAAAGCAUCGCAAACACUUCUCUUUGAAGGUUAUUGUGUCAAGUAGAUUAUUUGUAGUAAUGGGAGAGCUCUCCGCUUUUAGGCUUGGUUAAAUUUAUAUAUGAAUACCGUAUGUUGUUUCAUUCAUCUGAAUUUAUUUUUCUAAAUAGCAAGUGUCAUCUUAUUACUAUUUAUAGUGAUUUUCAUACAAUCAGGAGUCUCCAUCUUCUGACAGGUCAGUUUCACAAUGACUGACACAAAACUGAAACGAAAGUUAACUAAAAGCAACCAAGCAGACAAGUAUUCAGAGAUUAUAUUUUAUUGCACGGUAUGAAAAAUAGGAAGAGACCAAAACUACAUAAUAUUGAAUAGGGCAUGGUAAACGAUAUGAAAACGCUCUGGAGGGUGAAAAUCAUUAAAUAAAUGCUUUACGUCAAGAAGCUAGAGGGAACGAGAGACCAAGAGAGUUAAUCGCUAUAUAAGCCUUAUGCCUUGGGUAUUCCUUCUCAAAUUUUGUUUAGAAACGGUUCCCAGUUCUCCCGCGGAUGUUACUCGCGCAUUGCAUGGAUGUUUUCGUGUAGGAUGGAAUUGGGUGUAAAGCAGCUGUCCGCGUGAGUAAAAUUCGCGUCACAGGGUUGUCUAUUUCUAAGACGUUCCUGGGAUUUCCAAACCGGUAGUGAUCUGAAAACAAUGAAAUAAACUUGGGAGGGGUUACGUAAGGAGUAAGGCUUGUACGGGGAGUGAACUCUGAUAUCCUUCAUCCUACAGCACAGUACAGCUUGAACGGUAGUGUAGCAAUUACUGUAGUAUACAAUUAAAAGCUUUCACUCACGGUUGAUUCGUAAGCUACUCAGCUGCUAGCAACCCUAAAUGUAAGUAGAAUUUCAUUAAAAUUGAAUUUAGGAUGUACGUAUUAGUUCAGCAUAGAGAGGAUGGUUUGCACAGAAAUCAAAUAAACACUAACAGCUACGAA